AGUGUAGCAUCUGUCCAACGGAAGUAGUAGCCUGACUCAUGGAAGAAGUAGUUCGUUCAUGUUUUUGAAAUACACAGAUACAUGAAAAUACUCUCGUUAUAUUGAAACAAUUUGCGCAUUUUUGUCAAAAUCAAUUUACUUAAGACUUAAUCAAAUUGGAAAUCAUGUCGGGUAUUCCUCCAGAUUCUUGGCAGCCGGCAACUGUGGCUUUGGAGACCACUAUGGGAACCCUGACAGUGGAGUUGUAUUGGGAUCAUGCCCCGAACACCUGCAAGAACUUUGCUGAACUGGCCAGGAGAGGCUACUAUAAUGGCACCAAAUUUCACAGAAUAAUCAAAGACUUCAUGGUGCAAGGCGGAGACCCAACGGGAACAGGUCGAGGAGGUGCUUCUAUAUUUGGUAAACAGUUUGAAGAUGAAUUGCAUCCAGAGCUCAAAUUUACUGGUGCUGGUAUCCUGGCCAUGGCUAAUGCAGGACCACACACUAAUGGUAGUCAGUUUUUUCUCACUUUGGCCCCAACUCAGUGGCUUGAUGGGAAGCACACAAUUUUUGGUCGAAUAUGUCAAGGGAUCGGAGUCUUGAACCGCGUGGGGAUGGUGGAGACCAACAGUCAAGACAGACCGGUGGAUGACAUCCAAAUACUUAGAGCUAAUACGGCCCAUGGCAGCUCUCUCGAAAAGGAGGAGAAAAGGGGGCAGAUCUUUCUCCAGCACAUGAUGCCUCCCUGACUUGUGUACUGACCCAGUGCAGUCUCUAGGACGAACAGAGGAAUACCACACGUAACCAGGAAUAGAAG